AUAAAUUAAAUAAAAUAUUUAAAAAAUGUUACAAUGUUUAGCGGUAUAAAAGAUAAAUUAUUAAGCGUAAAAAAGAAUGUGAGUCUUUUCGUAACAGAUGACACAAGUUCAAAAUCGAAUGCAAAGGCUCGAUUCGAUCCUCGUACUGGUGCUGAGAUUUUGCAACAUUUCCAAAAUCACUGGGAAGAGAUCCAUAAAUUGAACGAAGAAAAUGCUAAAUCUGCCGAUAAUGUAGCCACUGCAAUAGAAACGGUAUCGAAAAAUGUCGAAGCAAGUAAAACGAACAUUGAUUUAAUUAGUCACAUUCUAACUAGUUCAAAUUUCACGACUAACGUAGCUCAGUGCCUGUCGCAAGUUAAGGAACUUUAUGCUACUUGUGAAAGUGUGGAGCAAAAGUUGGUAGACUUGGAAAAUUUAAUUGAAGAUGUUCAAUUUGAGAGGACGGUUAAACAGCAUAGACAAAAUUUAGAAAAUUAUAAAAUCAGAAAACAAGAAAAAUUGGACAAACUGAAACAAUCCUUAGAAGAAGAAUAUAAGAAAAAACUAUCAGAACAUGAAAGUAAUAAAAAGCUAAUUCUAGAAGAACGUCAAAAAGUCUUUCAAGAAGCUUUUAAAAGUGAUUUGGAAGUGUACAAAAAUCUUGGUACAAUACCUAAAGUCGACUUGCCAAAGAACCAAAACGGUGCUAUUUUAGAAGAAAUUCAAUUGGAUUUCGAUCAGAAUGAAUUGGAGCAAUUUUUCAAUGAAGAAAAUAAUGAUACAUAAAAUAUUUAUACAUGUUUAUUUUUAGACAAAGUAUUUUUUUUUAAAUUUAGGUGCAAUAAUGCACAGAUAACAUCAUCUGUGCUACUUUAUUCAUAUUAAGUUUGUUGGAAAAUGUUGAUUUAUUUUUAUAUGUAUCUCGAUAUGUAUUAUAAAGUGUGAUUUGAAAAAUUUAA